AUGGAAGAGGGCAAUCUGAAGGUUCCAAGAGGUAAUGAUAUGGGAAUUUCUGGGGGAGCUAGGGACGAGGCGGUUGAGACGGGAAAGGAGGGCCUGGGCUUUGGAAGCAACAUCAAAGGAGAUAGCUUUGCAAAUCUUAUCUGGGGAACAAGAUUUUGCAGUCCAUCUCCGAAUGUUGCGCUCCAUCCAGAGCCUUCAAAGGCCCCUACUCCUCAUCCGACCUUGGAAGGUCUCCCUGCCCUCAGCUUCAACUCUGAAGACCUCGUUGCAUCCCCUUUGCCCGUGAUGGAUCUCCAUGCCCCUGCUGAAGACCCUCAAGCCUUCGACCCCUCGCUGGAAGGCUACCCUGAUCUCCAUUUUGAUGUUGGCCCCCACCCUAUACAUGCACUGGCCUCUGCUAGGCCCCAGCACCCUUGCAAUGAUCUCGCUACCAAUGGAAUCCCUAUCAGUUCUGGAUUGUUAAGUGCCCAAGAUAUUCGCUCAGCCCCUCUGGUUGAACUUUUGGAUGAGGUCCCUGUUGAGAAAAAGGCAUAUCUUUCUGACUUUUCUUUCUUCUGCACUUCCAGGGUGUAUAUUUCUUCAAAUUCUGGUGCUGAUUCAGAAACAAAAGCUUGUGUCACUAAGGAAACUGCAGUGUCCAUUCCUACAGUGCCAAAACAUGCCCUUCAGGCAUUCGUGUUGCUGAAAGAGAGUUCUGCAGCCCAGAGCGUUGUCUCUGCUCUUGUGGCUGACAAAAAUGUCUGGGAUGCCGUGAUGCAAAAUGAGAAAGUUAUGGAGUUCUUCCAAUCUCAGCAGACAACUGGUAUGGAUUUCAAUGACAAGGAAUCAUGUGUGGAUAAUGAAUUUAAUGAUCAGGAAUCAGUAAAGAUCAUUGAUGAUGAGUAUGAUGGUAAAUCUUCUGAAAGCGGCUUCAUGGGCUUUAUAGAGAAUGUCAAGAUUAAGGUGGCAGAGAUGGUGAAGAACAUGUCUGAUUUCAUCCAGAACCUUUUUGGGGGUUCAAUAGCAGGAAACAAAUCGAUGGAUGAAAAGGGUAGUGCCAGUGGAAUGCUCCCGGACAAGUCAAUUGCAGCAUCGUUCAUGGGAUUGGCUAUAUUAGUAAUUAUGGUGGUGGUGAUGAAGCGAUCAUAAAUUAGUCGACAUUACAAAUGUGAUCCAUAUAUAUAUUUUUUCUGAGACUAACUUGCUAUACAUAUGCUCUGGCUGUUGGGAUAUUUUAUGAUGACUACAAAUUCAGGUUUGCUGUACAGUACACAAAA